GUCUGUUCGAUUGGAGUUGAUUGUUCUUUGUGAUGUGUUUCUUUUGUAUCCUUUUUUCUUGGAUGUCUUGAAUACCUUGGUUAUCGCGUCCUGUCAAUGCUUCGUGAAACUAAAGAACUUGACUUUAGAAUAUUCCUAUAUACCUAUGGUUAUGCGUAUGACUGUUUUGUGUACAUGUCAUCCAAUGGACAAAUCAAAGUUUCAAAUAAUUAGUCGGUUUAUCUAUAAUCUGUGUUGUAGGAAAAGUUUCAAAACAGAAGUACAUACUUCAUCCUUUUUAUCUGCCUUGAGGCAGGUGACAAUUUGAAAUUCAGAGUAACUAAUAUUCUUGUGCUAUCGAACAAUCCCAGGGUUUUAUUCGAUUGAAUCCUGGAUGGAAGGGCUACGAAUAUUUUGCUGCUCUAGCCCUUCUGACACUUGGAAUUUAAUGCCUGUAUAGUGAGACUGCCAAAUGAUUUGACUGAUUAGUUAACGUGUGUCUAUCAGUUCAAUAAUUCAAUAUUGUCGUGAUUAUUGUUGCUGUGAGUGUUGACUUCUCUGUCAACUCAACCGACUCUUAGUAACUCAUGGAUACCCAUCGAAUAGUCCUUUUGAUAGAAUUCAUUGUGUAUCAGUAGAAAAACUGAAGAGUGUACUUUGCAAUGGCUGGGAAAUCACGCAAAAUAAUCACAAGAUUCCAUCCCAAUCAUGGAAGAAAUUUAAGGGUCUUAGACGACAAUACUGUAGCUUGCCGAACUUCUAGCUUUGCAGAUGCAUUGGUCUUUAGUGAGAAACCCAUACAACUUGGAGAAAUAUUCCUAGUUGAGAUUGAGAAAGUUGAACGAGGAUGGAGUGGUCACAUGAGACUUGGAUUAACACAAAUUAAUCCAGCAGAUAUACCCCGCAAUGCUUUACCACAGUACGCUUUACCAAAUCUUUCAAGAUUAGGUUCAACUUGGAUUUUUGGAAUUACCAAGUGUCAUAACAUUUGGGACAGCUUUGAGGGCAUUGAUGGCACUGGCUAUGGUGAAGGAAUACCUCUCCGUGAGAAGAAACUCGUUACAGACGGGGUCAAUGUACAUACAUCCCGUGGCAUUAUUCCUUUCAAUGCUCUAAGGCCAAAUACAGUAGGAUCUUCAAGGAACAUCCUACCUACAGAUGCAGGUAGUCGAAUAGGAAUUAUGUACGUACCUCAAGCUGGAUCUGACAAAGCAGAAAUGCAUUUUAUUAUCAAUGGAGAAGAUCAAGGUGUUUGCAGUAAAGACAUUCCAUACAAAACUGGACCACUACAUGCUGUGGUAGACUUAUAUGGCACCACUAAACGAGUUAGAGUAGUCCAGCUGUAUGGUGUAUCAACAUUGCAGAGUGCCUGUCGUGACGCUAUAUUACAGUACACUGAGAGAACAGCAAUAGAUUCGCUGCCGCUGCCACGCAUGCUGAAGGAUUAUCUCCUCUAUCAAUCUCCAUGAAAAAUAAGCAAAACUAUAAGGCAUGAUGAUUCCAUUCAAACAACAUUCAUUUAACGGAAGUGAGACAAAAGACAUUUUUGCUGACGGGAACUUUUUUUUCUUCUGCGUUGCUCUCUACAUCCUUAUAUUCCUAAGGAUACCUUCCCGUCCUACGUCAACGAGAUCCAUCAUCAAUUGUAUUAUAAAUAUAUAUAUUUCUUCUGCAAUUUAUUUCCUUGAACAAAGAUGGUCAAUUUUAACUAGAAA